UCAAUUUGAGCAGUUAAGUAUCAAUUUAUAACAGAAGUUUUGUUGAAAUGUUCACAUUAACCUAAAGUUCACACACAACUUAAACCCCAUAUUUUAACAGCUGUGAUACAAACACAGCAGACUGUGAUGGCAGCAGUAGGAGAAGAUGUCCAUCUCAGCUGUCAGCUCAUGCAGUCUAAAGAUGUUCUUCAGGUCACAUGGCAGAAACUUUCACCUGAGGGGAAGAACAAGAAUCUUGCCACCUACAACAAACACUUUGGAGAAACAGUGAAUCCUGGUUUUCAGGGGAAAGUGGAGUUUAAAGAUGCUGGACUGCAGAACUGCUCCAUAGUUAUCAGGAAGGUGAUGGAGCAGGAUGAAGGCUGCUAUCUCUGUUUGUUUAACACGUAUCCUGAUGGUUCUCUGACAGGCAGAACCUGCCUCCAACUCUAUGGUCUAACAGCUGUGAUACAAACACAGCAGACUGUGAUGGCAGCAGUAGGAGAAGAUGUCCAUCUCAGCUGUCAGCUCAUGGAGUCUAGAGAUGUUCUUCAGGUCACAUGGCAGAAACUUUCACCUGAUGGGGAGGAGAAGAAUUUUGUUGGCUACAGAAACCUUGAGCAAGGAGUGAGUGAAGAUUUUCUUGGGAAAGUGGAGUUUAAAGUUGCUGGACUGCAGAACUGCUCCAUAGUUAUCAGGAAGGUGAUGGAGCAGGAUGAAGGCUGCUAUCUCUGUUUGUUUCACACGUUUCCUGAAGGUUCUCUGACAGGCAGAACCUGCCUCCAACUCUAUGGUCUAACAGCUGUGAUACAAACACAGCAGACUGUGAUGGCAGCAGUAGGAGAAGAUGUCCAUCUCAGCUGUCAGCUCAUGCAGUCUAGAGAUGUUCGUCAGGUCACAUGGCAGAAACUUUCACCUGAUGGGAAGAAGAAGAUUCUUGCCAGCUACAACAAAGCCUCAGGGCAAGAAGUGAUUCCUGGUUUUCAGGGCAAAGUGGAGUUUAAAGAUGCUGGACUGCAGCACUGCUCCAUAGUUAUCAGGAAGGUGAUGGAGCAGGAUGAAGGCUGCUAUCUCUGUUUGUUUAACACGUAUCCUGAUGGUUCUCUGACAGGCACAACCUGCCUCCAACUCUAUGGUCUAACAGCUGUGAUACAAACACAGCAGACUGUGAUGGCAGCAGUAGGAGAAGAUGUCCAUCUCAGCUGUCAGCUCAUGCAGUCUAGAGAUGUUCUUCAGGUCACAUGGCAGAAACUUUCACCUGAGGGGAAGAAGAAUAAUCUUGGCAGCUACAACAAAUACUUUGGGCAAAAAGUGAAUCCUGGUUUUCAGGGGAAAGUGGAGUUUAAAGAUGCUGGACUGCAGAACUGCUCCAUAGUUAUCAGGAAGGUGAUGGAGCAGGAUGAAGGCUGCUAUCUCUGUUUGUUUAACACGUAUCCUGAUGGUUCUCUGACAGGCAGAACCUGCCUCCAACUCUAUGAGCUGCAUGAACCCAUUCUACAAAUCAGAGAAUCAAAGUCUCCUGAAGAGACAGUUGUGUCCUGCUCGGCCACAGGUCGUCCUGCUCCCACAGUAACUCUGAAUGUCCCACAACAAGACCUCUACUUCUCUCACAACAGCACAGUCAGUGUCACCAACACCAACGGUACAGUCACCGUCACCACUACAGCUGUGCUGUCUGGUUUCCAUCAAAAUGGUGCACAAGUUGGAUGUGCAGCACGACUGCUCUCAGUCCCUGAAAUUCAGGUGUUUAAGACAAUUCCUGCAGUGAAACUGUUUUCAGUUCUUGGUUCCACUGUGAUCGUUGUGUUUGUGGUAUUGGCCUGUGGUUGUGUUGCUGCAGUCAUCGCUGUCCCGCUUAAACGAAAAUAUAACAACAGUUUGUCACACAGGGACUCAGAGAUGAAUGAGAUGAACCAGAGCAACAAUUAAAGACACUUAUGAGCGCAUUCAGACAACAGACGUUAGAAGAUUUGAAGGUUCAAAGAAGUUACAUUUGACAGCAAGGAGACGAAAUUUAUUAGAUCACCACU